AUGAGUAUUCCCCUGGACUCCAAAACCGUUAUCGAUGGCGAAUUCCGACGCUUGAAGAAUAUCGCGGAGAUUAGGCUAAGCGACGAUAUCACGGCUUUUCUAAACGAUGCGUAUUCCUCAAUAGAGUCAAAAGGUGCUUCAAAUCCCCGAGGCCCCUACAAGAGACCUCUCAUUGACUACACGGCCAUGGGAGAUUGCCCCGAGCUUCUUCGUCAUCUUUUAAGAACUGGUGCUGCUAAAGACGAUCGCGACCAAAACAAGUGUACCCCUCUCUCUUGGGCUGCAGAAUAUGGUGCCUUAUUAAUUCCGUGA